AUGAGAGCUGCCUUCACGCUUCUCAAAGGAAGAUCCGCAUGGAAAGGUCCUCACGUUGUUCCUCUUCCUAUUGCUGAGGCAAUGAAAACCGGAGCACCAAUCAGAACAAAUGCUCGGAGCUGUACAAUCCUUCCGCAGUUUGUGGGUUUGAGAUUCCAAGUCCACAACGGAAAAGACUACGUGGACGUGGAAAUCACCGAUGAAAUGGUUGGCAACAAAUUGGGUGAGUUUGCUAUGACCAGAAAGAAGUUUGUCUACAAAUACUCCAAGAACUAG